AUGGAGUCACAUGCGCCACUCAAGUUCAAAGGGGCGAGGCCCGGCCAAAGGAUCAAGCCAGGGACCACUCUCCGGAUCCUUGGGGUCGGCGACUCCAUCACGGUGGGGUUUCUUAGUGACAUAGAUGGAGGCGAUGGCAACGGCUACAGACUCAAGCUCCGUGAGGAUCUGUCGAAUGAUAGAGUCGUCUUUGCUGGAACGGAGACCAUGCAUGGCACAAUGCGUGAAGGGUAUUAUGCAGCGUGGAAUGCCAUGACUAUCAAGUUCAUGUCAGACAAUGUCGGACCUUCUCUGGCCCAAAGACCUAACAUCGUCCUUAUCCAUGCUGGAACUAACGACAUGAACGCGAAUCCGGACGUUGCUAGAGAAGGUAGCGAUCCUCACGCGACAGCAGACCGUCUAGGCCGCCUGAUCGACCAGAUCGUACAGACCUGUCCAGAUGCCAUAGUCCUCGUCGCCAAGAUCAUUGGCUGCUAUGACCCAGCACAAAUGAGCAACAUCGCUCAAUACAACGCAGUAAUUCAUAGCGUUGUUCAAGCCCGGCAAGCGGCCGGCAAACACGUUCUCACUGUCGACUUUUCGAGCUUCCCGAUGAAUGCGCUGAGAGACGGUAUUCAUCCAACCAACCCGGGCUACCGCUUAUUCGGCGACUAUUGGUACGAUUUCAUCACUCAGAUUCCUAGUGACUGGAUCAAGACGCCUGUUGGGGACGACCCGCGUCGAUCUGGAGAGUUGCGCCGCGAUGCACCCGUCAAAGUAAGAUCAACCAGUCUGUGUGAUCGACUGUUCGGCCUGUUUUUCGGCAGGGAACCUGAACUAGUGGUGAAGGCUUGA